AUGUCAGGUCUACGCAGACGCAUCUUUGGCACGUCGUCUGCAGACACUCCUUCCCNNCUAACACCUGAGCAAUCGCGAGAAGGCACACCGACAUCCGAAGAAGUCCGCGUCGUGUCGGCAAAGAAACUCGAAAAACUCACGGCGCAACACAAGGCCAAGGGCACAAAGAGACGGAAUGCUUGGGUCUUUGGAUUGGGAGGCCUGUUUGGCAUUCUCGUUGCUGGCUUCUUUGCGUCCAGCAAUGAGGUCUUUGACAUGCAGGCCUUGAGGGACAUGAAUCUCGAUUCUAUCCUGGACGUGCUGCCUGCUGGUUUGAUCAAAGAUGCCCAUGAACUUCAGGUCGGUUUCUUCAAUGCGCUUGUAAUUUUACACGUCUCUUCUCUUGUUCUUGCUCGCUCGCGGUCUGCUUGCUUGUUGUGCUGCUUCGGACCAUGUAACUUACUUUCCUGUGCUUUGUGUAGANAAAGUCAACGAGACGCCAUCGCAUAUGAUUCCUUUGCUGUCGGUCUUCAUGCCCAAUCCCAAGGCAUAACAGCCAAACACCCCGUCAUCAUGAUUCCAGGCGUCAUCUCGACCGGUCUCGAGAGUUGGAGUACCGAAGAAGCAUCACGACAAUAUUUCAGAAAGAGGUUAUGGGGAAGUUGGAGCAUGAUGCGGGCUCUGGUUCUGGACAAGGCUGGUUGGAAGAGACACAUCAUGUUGGACAAGAAGACUGGUCUGGAUCCUCCAGGUGUCAAGCUACGAGCUGCUCAAGGCUUUGAUGCAACUGACUUCUUCAUCACUGGAUACUGGAUUUGGAACAAGAUUCUGGAGAACCUCGCUACUAUUGGAUAUGACCCUACAAACGCAUUCACCGCUGCCUACGAUUGGAGAAUGAGUUAUAUGAAUUACGAAAUCCGCGACCAAUAUUUUACUCGCCUGAAGCAUCACAUCGAAACCGCUACGCAUAUAUCCGACAAGAAAGUUGUUCUGCUAAGUCACAGUAUGGGCUCUCAAGUCUUGUACUACUUUNUCCACUGGGUCGAAGCCGAAGGUUAUGGUAAUGGUGGUACAUCAUGGGUUGACGACCACAUUGACUCGUGGAUCAACAUUUCUGGAUGUAUGCUCGGAACACCAAAGGGCUUGCCUGCAGUGCUGUCCGGAGAAAUGAAAGAUACCGCACAACUCAACGCUUUUGCUGUCUAUGGUCUAGACAAGUUUUUGAGCCGCAACGAAAGAGCAGAGAUGUUCCGCGCCAUGCCUGGCAUCUCUAGCAUGCUUCCCAUCGGUGGUGACGCAGUCUGGGGAGAUGAACACAGCGCUCCUGACGACCGUCCCGACCAAAACGUCACCUACGGCAAAUUCCUCAGCUUCCGUCAUCUGAACUCAACACAGCUACCCAAGAAGAACCUCACCGUAGAGCAAUCCCGUGCUUACCUCUUCAACAGCACAGAAGAUUGGUACUCGGAAGCCGUACUCUCCUCCUACUCCUUCGGUAUCGCGCACACCAGAAAAGAAGUAGAAGAAAACCAAAAAAUCCCUCGUAAAUGGUCCAACCCACUGGAAACCCGUCUCCCCAAAGCACCGAACAUGAAGAUUUUCUGCUUUUACGGUAUUGGCAAGGAGACUGAGCGCGCAUACUACUAUCGUGAGGAUAACGAGCGAGGCAGCACCAACGAUGUCAUGAUCGACACAGCAGCCACAUUCUUGAACCCAGACGAGGAUCAUGUAGCUGAUAGAGGAGUCGUUAUGGGAGAAGGAGACGGUACAGUCAAUCUGCUGAGUACGGGAUAUAUGUGUAACAAGGGUUGGAGGAUGAGGAGGUACAAUCCUUCGGGGAUCAAAGUUACGACGUUUGAGAUGCCUCAUGAGCCUGAUCGAUUCUCGCCUCGUGGUGGACCUAAUACUGGUGACCAUGUGGACAUUCUCGGCCGUGCAUCUCUCAAUGACUUGAUCCUGAGGAUAGCAGGUGGCAAGGGUGACGAGAUCAACGAGACCAUCUACAGCAACAUCACACAAUACGCCGAGAAAGUCAAGAUCUGGGAUGACUGA